GCGCUACGGGCCGCACUGUUGCUGCUGCCUGUCAACAUCAGCCGCUGAGGGCAUCUGUGGCCAGGACCUACUUAGAAAUUAAAGGGUCGUGCCAGGGUCCAGGCGUCGCCAUGCCCAUGUACCAGGUAAAGCCAGUGUGUGGCGGUCACAUAGAAGUCGAUUUACCUACGUGCAUGUACAAAUUACCAAAUAUCCACGCGCAGGACGGGAACGGCUCCGUCUCCGACCACGCGCUUCAGAAUGGUGAAGUGGACCCCGCAGUUAAAGCCCUGGAGGCUCGUCAGGAUGAGAUCAUGCGAAAACUGUACGAGCUGAAAGCGGCAGUAGAGGGACUGGCCAAGACUGUGACCACUCCAGACGCAGAUCUGGACUUGACAGUCAGCAGCAGCUUAUGUUCACAGAGCCCCACUAACACAGCCUUCCAAAGCCCGGCUGACCUGGAAUCACUAUUGGGCAAGGACCUUGGUGCCCUUCGUGAUAUUGUGAUCAAUGCCAACCCUGCUGAACCACCACUGACUCUGUUUGUGCUCCAUGGCCUCCUGUGUCAACGUUACCGUGUUCUGUCAUCUGUCCAUGUGCACUCUUCCAUACCCAGAGUGCCAUCACAGCUCCUGUCCUGCCUCGGACCACGCCAUGCAGACAGCUAUGCCCGGCAGCUAUUUCAACUUGGCUUCACACUCAUAUGGAAAAAUGUUCCGAAGCUCCAGAUGAAGUUCAGCAUUCAAAAUAUGUGCUCCAUUGAAGGGGAGGCCAAUGUAGCCCGUUUCCUCUUUAAAUUGCUCAGCGUUUACCCCUCUGACCCUGCACUGGCAACACUGGUGGAUAGUUGGGUGGACACCGCUUUCUUUCAGCUGGCAGAGGGUGGUCCUAAGGAACGAGCCACUGUUCUGCGUGCUCUCAAUUCUGCUCUGGGACGUACCCCAUGGGUGGCUGGGUCCGACUUUUCUCUGGCAGACAUUGCUUGUUUCUGUUGUAUGCAAAAAUGUAUCUCUGCCUCCUCUGCCCCUGCUAAUGUCCAGCGUUGGCUUAAGUCUUGUGAGAAUCUAGGCCAUUUUAGCCCAGCAAAACUCUUUCAGUGACAUUAACUUUUCUUAAUUUAGACAAUAUUGAAAAGUGG